AUGCAAGACAUCGCAUUUCAAGCUUUGGAUGCAUCCAAGGUCCAACACAAUGGCAAGUGCUUCAACCUCUCUCAUUGCUUUCGGGUCAUCAAGGACGAGGAGAAGUUCAAGACGCAAUAUGCCGCCCUUAAGUCGCGUGGGGGGAAGCAAGCCGUGGAAGAGGUUGGGGAGGGCGAGUCGGCACGGCCGCGGGGGAAGACCAACUCCAAGAAGAAGGCCAAGCGGGAUGCAGCAUCCAACACCUUGAUCGCAAGUGUGGAGGGCAUGAUGAACAAGAAGGACUCGAGGGAGGAGGAGCGCCGGCAUUUCAAAGAAGAGCAAAUGAACACCUUGUUGGAAAUAUGCCCUAGAGCGCCCCGCCACCGACGCGCCACCAUGUCGCCGCGCCACCGAGGAGCGUCGGGCUACCGCGGCGUCCGCCAGCGCCCCAACGGCUGGUACUACUCGAAGAUCCGGUCCGGCGACGUUCGGCUCAGCCUCGGCACCUUCCAGACGGCGCACGAGGCCGACCGCGCGUACGACGCGGCGGCGUGGCGCCUAGACAGGCCACGCCCGCAGAUGAACUUUCAGGACGUUUACACGCUCCGACAGGCGCUGGACAUCGCCCCUCCGCCUCGUCUUAUCACGGACCAAGACCAUGCGGAGCACGCUGGGCGGCAGCGCCGCCUCCUCAUCGCCGAGAAGGACGAGCGGGCCAUGGCGGAGUGGCGUCGGCGCCACCCGGAGGACAUCGCUGACGAGCAAGCCUACUGGACGGGGCAGACGGCAAAGCGCCACGCGGAACGGUUGGACAUGCUUCGGCGGAAGGCCCUGGCGUUAUCGCAGUGCGAGAUUGUUGAAAAUGGUGGGCAGUCGAUCUUUUCGGCUAAUGAUUCUCGUUGGGACGACAUGUGGCUCAAUACCUCGGACCAGACCAUCAAGGAUGACAAUGAUGAUGACGAUGACGACUAG